AUGUUGAAGUGCGAGGUACUGGACAGGAUUCACGAGGCGAUUCAGUCGAUCAAGGCGACUGACAAUUUGAAUCUGCUUGCGCACUGGAGUAACUAUGGCUGCGCGAAGUUUGGUCAGCUAGAAGCUCUGGCGAAUGUUCAAGAGGCACGCAAUCGAUUCCAGCUUGUGCAAGUCACACUGGAUUGGAUCGAAGGUGUUGAGUGGCAAAUCAAGGACGUGGCUUCGCCGUUUAUUGACUCUUGUGAUAUUACAAAGGUAACUGGAGUACAGAAACGCAGUAAGACGUGUGACGCUGGGCAAGGUCCUGAGUGGUGUCUGGGCUGUUCACUUUUGGACUUCCGCGAAAAUCUUUGGUUACAUACAUCAUCGGUGAUUUCGGCCAUGUUAGCGCUGAAGCAGAUGUAUCCAAGUGUCGGCGUGGUUAACCCGAGUUACCACAGCCUGGUAGGCCUCAGCACGAAGAAGAAGACAGCUGCAGGGUUUGGAGCGAUGGAUCCUUCCAACGAUCGCUUAAUUGCGAAUAUCUGCUUGGAUACGCAUUGGGUAGAUUAUUUGGUAGACAAACCAAAGCAAACUUGCUUUUUGUUCGAUCCACUUCAGCUGAAUACCAAUCUCUCAGUGCUGAAGUCAAGCGUACAGCUAGUAAUCGAGCCUACGGUAGGUCUGAAGGACCAAAUCACGUACCAGGGGAUUACCUGGUGCACACAGCAAGGCGGCAACUCAUGCGGUAUCUGUCUCUACGAUUUUUUUUCGUACCUGCGAAUGAGGUACCUGCAUAAGGCAAUUGGCGUUCAGCACUGCGAUGUGGAUGAGGGAAACGGACAGGAUGAGUAG